CGCUUCAUAUCGUGGAAGGUAGCGUUGCCUCUACGCACCCGUCGUGCAUACUCCGCGAUGCACAUUUGCAACGACUUUAGCAAGGUUUCAUAGGGGGCCAGGGUUUAUCUAAUUUGGGGGCCACGAUACGCUGUCCAACGUUUGGACGCCUAACGCCUCUGGCUUGCCCGUUAUGCUGUAACGCCCUUUUAGUCUAGACGUGUGCUUUCUUCUGGUGCAAUGCCAGCAAGAAGAUACAAUUAGGCCGAUCCCAGAUUUGCCUCUGCGCGUCCACGCUCUCCGCUUCCCAUACCACCACCGGCGGGAGAACGCUACACAGAACCAAGACCCUACAAAAUGCUGGCCCUGGCUUGCCAGAUCUUGCUAGCAUUCGUGUGCGCUAGCGGCGCGACGCCGACGGCUGCACCAGUAACGACGCGGGACCUUGUAGUACGGGAAAAUACGAUUGGACCAUGUGACGAUCAAGGGACAUAUUCGACGAAGAAUGGACUCAACUUUACGAUGUACUGCGGGCAGAGGAACCCAAACAACGACGCAUACAUAAACCCGCAAGGAAACUACGACUGGUUGUACACACCCACGUACGGAGAUUGCCUAGAGCUUUGCUCACGUUUUGCGGGAGACGGCGAAGGCUGCUUCGGCGUUCACUGGACCGUAGAUGGAGGACAUUGUUGGUUAAGAAACAGCAAUGUUUCGACAUCGGACCUAAAACCAGACACUGGAUCGGUCUCUGCCCUCGUCAAUCGGAAUCAAAUGAAAGGCUUCGACACUGCAUGUACGGACGAGGAUUACCAGAAACUUACUGGUGUCGAUGGCAUCGCCUACACCACGAACUGCAAUCAGGUGUAUCAAGGCGAGAUACAAUGCUUCGACGAAGACGAGUAUCCCUGCCUUGAUCCGGCUCGUUACUUUUACCACGCCGAGUCGCUUGAAGAAUGCCUGGGCUUCUGCGUCGCCCUGCACCCCCGUUGUCGCAUAGUGUCCUGGAACCCAGGUCUCCAAGUCGGCUUCGCAAAUUGCUGGCCCAGGUUCGGAAAUCAAAACCCAAAGCUGGGCCAACCCAGUCCACAGCAAGGCAUCAUGCACUCGGCCGCCAUCAUCGAAGCCCCUACCCCAGAUAGCGCGUGUCCCCAGGACAACGUGUAUCAUUCCGGAGGCCAAGCGAACGGUACCCAGUUUGACAUCCAUUGCGGGAAACUAAACCAAGGUCUGAACAUUACUAGCUUGCAGGCGCAAAACAUUACGUAUUGCAUGGACGCAUGUGCAGCCAACAAGGAUGGUUGUACAGCAGUACUAUACUCCUCCAGCCUCGACGACGGUUACGAAAACUGCCACCUACAAAAGACGAUCAACGAAGUCAUCGACUCAGCAAACGCCACCUACGCCACCAUAGCCUCUUCAAAAAGCGACAACAGCUCCUCCGGGUCUUCACCAAGCAAAGCAUGGAUCGCGGGCCCAGUCAUCGGGGGCAUCGCCGCCCUCGCCGCCAUUGGCUUCGCGAUAUUCUGGUGGCGGAGAAGGAAAGCUAGGAGGGCCUCCGCAGUGGACAAGUACGCAGAGCCCGCUGGAGGCGCUGCUUACGAUCCGACGCCUGUGUAUAGUCCCCUGGGGACGAGCCGGUCUGAGGUGCACGCUACGAGCAUGAGCGAGUUGCCCGCAAGUGUCAAGUAUGGACAUAAUCAAGGGCCUAAGAGCGAGGCGCAGGAGUUGCCGAGUUGAUGGGUGGUAGAGAUAAUAUAGUAUUUAAUGUUAUUUGACGUGUGGUGUUGAAACAUAUUUCCUCCCGCGUUAUCGCAUUGCCCGUAU